UGACAAGUCUGGGUUCGGAUUUUCCGCUUGGGGAAAUUCUAACGUGUUGCGCCGCAAACAACAAAAAAAGUAGCAUAAACACGUCUGCGUCUAUCCAUACCUGGCAGCAAUCAAACAUUGCUCAUGUGAUAACUUGCAUUAGCCCCGAACGAACCUAGCCCCAAAUCAGUUGGCCCUUCUUUUUUUGUUUUGUUUUGUUUGCCAUCCAUGUCCGGAAAGCGGUCCCGAGCCGCGUACGAAACCGAACUCCAACUACAACAAUCACCAUUCGUUGUUUUUGGAACCCCUCUGCCGCCUCUGGAUCCCGAUGUUCGAGAUGAUGGCUCCUAUGUUCCAGUUUGGAAGCAGGAGGUGAGGGAUGAGCGGGGCCGUAAAAGACUACAUGGUGCCUUCACUGGGGGGUUUAGCGCAGGUUAUUUCAAUACCGUCGGCUCUAAAGAAGGAUGGACUCCCUCAACAUUUGUGUCCUCACGGACCAAUCGCCGGAAAGACGAUACGAAACUAAAUCAACAACGGCCAGAAGACUUUAUGGAUGAGGAGGAUCUUGCCGACGCAGAGGAGUCCAGAAAGCUGCAGACAAAUCAAGCAUUCGCUGCCCUUGGGUCGACGGAAGAUGACGUUGCGCGAAGUGCCGGAUUGGCGGGUCUUUUUCGAGUUGAAGGCGAGACCAUGGGCACCAAACUUCUCAAGAAAAUGGGUUGGAAAGAGGGUCAAGGAAUCGGGCCAAAGGUCAUGCGAAAGGCUAGGCUCGAGGCCGGGUCCCGCUCGGAAGAGGGCGCGAGCCAGGAAUAUCACCUUUUUGCGCCGGAUAAGGUCGCCUUGAUUCAAUUCGUGAAGAAAUUGGACCAUAAAGGACUCGGAUACGCAGGCCAGAAUCGUCUAGCCCCUUUAAGAUCCACCAAAGACAAGGAAGAAGGCCAAUCUGACGAGGACGAAGAAGUUGAUUUCAUGUCCCGCCGACAGCCCGUGUCGUUGAUGCCCAAGAAGAAGGAGAAGAAGCGGGGUGGGAUAGGCAUUGGGAUCAUCAACGAUACAGGUUCAGACGAUGAGGAUCCUUACGAAAUCGGCCCUCGCAUAUCUUACAACAGGGUCAUCGGCGGUGAGAAGAAAAAGAAAAAGAAUGAUGCCAGCAGUACCACAACGGCCGCCAAUCCUUUGUUGAAGUCUAAGCCUGUUUUCAAAUCCAGGAAACUGGGAAAGCUCGGCUUACGGGCGAAAAAAUGCCAUGAUGGCCGGUUGCCUCUGGACGGGUUUGUGUUAAGCCAGCAUCCAGACCCUCUCACAUCAGAGAUCAACGAUGCUAGCAAGUAUCCGCCGCCAAAGGUACCUCCAGAGUGGAAAUCGACACGGCAGUCUACUAAAUCGUCUGUGAACACAUCAUUUGUGUCAACAGCCGAUGCUGCAAAAGCAUUCAAGCUCGAUCCAAAAUCCAGGGCAGACAUUCUUGGAGAAGCGCUGCUUCCUGGCAAGUCUGUGUUUGAUUUCAUGUCGACAUCUGCCAGGGAAAGACUCGUGAGCGCAACAGGUAAAAAGGAUCUUCCUGAAGCUCGAGGCGAAAUCCCAGCGGCUUACGCCAUGUCAGCCGAGGACAAGCUUGCUGAGCUCCUCAAAGAUGUUCCAACCCUGGACAAAGCAACGGCAGUAGCUGCUCUUGCUCGAGGCGCUUCUGGAGGAGCACCUUAUGCAGACAAUGAGGAUAAGCGGAAGAGAUACCGAGCUUAUCUUGAAUAUCAAGCUGGAUCCCGACAGUCACUUCCACCCAAACCGGCCGGGGUGAAGGAUGAUGACUGGCUAAGGGAGUUCUACGAAUUUUUCAACUGUGCCAGAAUUUUCAAGCCCAUGACUGGCUUCAUGGCGUCGAGGUUCACAACAUCCAAGUCCAGCUCUACUGUUCCUGCGACAAACAAGUUAAACGGCGACGGGAAUGCCCUCAUCACCAGACCAGCCCCUAAACCGACAGACCCGGCGGAGGAGGCGGCCAAACUGGGAAUGUUUGGGCCCAUGACGAGAUCCGUCAAGGACUUUUAUCCAAAUCGACUGCUGUGCAAGAGGUUCAACGUCAAGCCCCCAGUGGUGGUCGAGCCGGACGCCGAACUAGGCUUUGGCUCGGCACCUCUUUCUGUUAAACAGGACUAUUCACAGUUCGCGGGAUUGUAUCGUGACGUUGAAGCUGGAUCACAAGAUGAUGUGAAAAGUAUUGACGCCACCGCAGCCAUAACGGGCGUGGCAGCGGAAAAUAAGCCGCCUAUUAAAGCGGCGGUGGAUCCAGACACUAACGCUGCAUUGGAACAGGCACGAGCGGGCGAGGAAGUCUUCAAGGCAAUCUUUGGUGAUACCAGUGAUGAUGACGAUUGAUACAAUAUGUACUGGGUAGGACGUACAGUGCAUCAUUGUUUCCAUAAAUGCUAAAAUAAAUAUGCGAUACCCCAUA